AUGGAUAAUGCGUAUAUCAAGUCUCCGAAGGAGGCUCUCAGUCACUUCCAUGUCUCGGAGCACACGGGACUUCCCGAAGACCGCCUAAAGAGUUCGAGGGAAAAAUAUGGCAGCAACUCGAUACCGGAAGACCCUCCGACGCCAAUCUGGCAGCUCAUACUUGAGCAGUUCAAGGACCAGCUGGUCCUUAUACUCCUGGGCUCGGCCGCCGUAUCCUUCGUUCUAGCGCUAUUUGAGCAAGAAGAGGGUUGGACAGCCUUUGUGGACCCAGCGGUGAUUCUCACCAUCCUAGUACUAAAUUCCAUCGUCGGCGUGUCACAAGAAAGCAGCGCCGAGAAAGCCAUCGCAGCCCUACAAGAGUACUCCGCAAACGAAGCGAAGGUUAUCCGCGAUGGAUCUGUCAAGCGCAUAAAAGCAGACGAGCUGGUACCAGGAGAUGUUGUCACCGUGGCGGUGGGUGACAGGAUACCAGCCGACUGCAGGCUACUCUCGAUCCAGAGCAACAGUUUUAGCGUGGACCAGUCCAUCCUCACCGGCGAAAGCGAGAGUGUUGGAAAGGACCCAAAGGCGAUCAAGGAUCCGGAUGCCGUUAAGCAGGAUCAGACCAACAUGCUCUUUUCAGGGACAACGGUGGUCACUGGGCACGCGAAUGCGCUGGUCGUGUUGACGGGACCUAAUACGGCUAUUGGAGACAUUCAUGAGAGUAUCAUGACGCAAAUUUCGGCGCCGACACCGCUGAAGGAGAAGUUGAAUGACUUCGGGGAUAUGCUAGCUAAGGUCAUCACGGGAAUCUGUAUACUUGUGUGGGUUAUCAACUACAAGAACUUCAGUGAUCCUUCGCACGGAAGCUGGAUGAAGGGCGCGAUUUACUAUCUCAAGAUUGCUGUAUCCCUAGGCGUCGCAGCAAUACCCGAAGGCCUUGCUGUAGUGAUCACUACCUGCUUGGCGUUGGGCACGCGCAAAAUGGCGGCCAAGAACGCUGUCGUCCGAAGCCUUCCGUCAGUCGAGACCCUCGGCAGCUGCAGCGUCAUCUGCUCCGACAAAACAGGGACCUUAACCACGAAUCAGAUGAGCGUUAACAAGAUUGUGUUCAUCAACGAAGAUGGCUCAGGCCUCGAGGAGAUUAAUGUCGAAGGGACGAACUUUGCCCCUGAUGGUGCUAUCACUUUCCGCGGCAAAGACAUUGAGAAUCCCGCUGCUGCGUUCGCGACUGUCGCGAAGCUUUCCGAGGUCGCAGCUAUCUGCAACGAAGCUAAGCUAUCAUUCGACCCGAAGAGCGGCAACUACAGCAUUGUUGGCGAGCCCACAGAAGGCGCAUUGCGUGUUCUGGUUGAAAAGAUUGGCACGCCGUACGAGGUUGCCAAUGGCUCGUUGGUCAGCGUAUCCCCGGACCAACGGCUUCACCAUGCCAGCGCGUUCUACGAAAGCCGGGCGCCGAAAGUGGCAACCUAUGAGUUUUCCCGGGACAGGAAGAGCAUGUCCGUGCUUGUGGAUGGUCGAGCUGGGCAGCGGCUGCUCGUCAAGGGAGCGCCGGAGUCGAUACUUGAUCGAUGUUCGCAUGUUUUAGUAGGGCGAAAUGCGAGGAAGGUUUCUCUAAACCGCAAGCUGUCGAAACUGAUCUCUGACGAGAUCAUCGAGUAUGGCAACCGUGGCCUGCGAGUGAUCGCGCUAGCGUCAGUGGACGACAUCUCUGGCAACUCUCUCACAAAAAGAGCCAAGACGACCAAGGAGUACAUGCAGCUCGAGCAGAACAUGACCUUGAUCGGCCUCGUUGGCAUGCUAGACCCGCCCCGUCGGGAGGUCGCAGAGUCGAUCCGCAAAUGCCGACAGGCAGGCAUCCGCGUGAUAGUCAUCACCGGCGACAACCAGAACACGGCCGAGACCAUCUGCCGCCAGAUCGGCGUUUUCGGAGCGGACGAAGAUCUCACCGGCAAGAGCUAUACCGGCCGGCAAUUUGACGACCUCAACGAAAGCGAGAAGCUAGAAGCCGUAAAGCGCGCUUCGCUCUUCUCACGGACAGAGCCCACGCACAAGUCCAAGCUGGUUGAUCUUCUCCAGUCCGCGGGCGAAGUCGUAGCCAUGACCGGCGACGGUGUAAAUGAUGCGCCAGCCCUGAAGAAAGCGGAUAUUGGCGUCGCUAUGGGUUCCGGUACAGAUGUCGCCAAGCUCGCGGCGGAUAUGGUGCUUGCGGAUAACAACUUCGCGACCAUCGAGAGCGCGGUCGAGGAGGGCCGGUCGAUCUACAACAACACGCAGCAAUUCAUCCGGUACCUCAUCUCGUCGAAUAUCGGCGAGGUUGUCUCGAUUUUUUUGACUGCGGCGGCGGGAAUGCCGGAAGCGCUGAUUCCGGUGCAGCUGCUUUGGGUCAACCUGGUCACUGAUGGCCUGCCGGCUACGGCGCUCUCGUUCAAUCCACCGGAUCACGAUGUCAUGAAACGGCCGCCGCGUAAGCGUGAUGAGGCAUUGGUGGGUGGAUGGCUGUUCUUCAGGUACAUGGUCAUUGGCACGUAUGUCGGGGCGGCGACGGUGUUCGGUUACGCAUGGUGGUUCAUGUGGAAUCCUGAGGGGCCGCAGAUAUCAUUUUACCAGCUCACACACUUCCACAGCUGCUCGACUCAGUUCCCCGAGAUCGGCUGCGAGAUGUUCUCGAAUGAUAUGGCCAAGUCUGCGUCAACAGUUUCGUUGUCGAUCCUCGUCGUCAUUGAAAUGCUCAACGCCAUGAACGCCCUCUCCUCGAGCGAAUCCCUUCUCACGCUUCCCCUCUGGUCAAACAUGAUUCUCGUCUACGCCAUCACCCUCUCCAUGGCGCUGCACUUCGCGCUUCUCUACCUCCCCUUCCUGAGCAACCUUUUCUCGAUCGUGUCGCUGAACUGGAAUGAGUGGCGGGCCGUGCUGUAUAUCAGUUUUCCGAUUAUAUUUAUGGACGAGGCGCUAAAGCUGGUGGAGAGAACGGUGUUUAUGCCGAGCCAGGCAAGAGAGGCGCAAGCGCAUGGGAAGCCGGUGUUGAAUGGAAAGAAGGUGGAGUAG